AUGACCAAAGAACACCCUUGGUGGGGAAAUCUCGGUGGUCCAAUUCAAAGGGGCAUCGUAACUUAUUCGACUUCACCAUACGAACAAAGAGCUUUCGCUGGUGUAUGGAGGCACGGAAUUUUUAAUGUUUAUAGACGUACCGCUGCUCAAGCUCCUUACGUUGGAAUUCCUAUUGUCAUUGGAGUUCUGAUUUAUCACUUUGAAAAGAAACGUCAUGAUUUUUUGAAUUCAAAAGCUGAAAAAUUGACAAGAAUUGACAAGAAUGAAAAGUUUAGUGAUUUAAUGUGA